UUCUGAAAAGUGACAAUAUAGCAUACUGUGUCUUUGUUUCGUGUGAAAUGAAAUAAUAUUAAAUUAAUAAUAAUUUAAAUCAAUAACAAAUUAAAUAAUUAUUUUGGAUAACGUUACUAAUUAAAUUCUUAAUAAUGAUGCUUCAUAAAAUUAGUUCAAAAUUGUGUCGUUUAUGCGGUAAAGAAAAACAACAAGGUACAGAUGUAUUUAAAGAUAAAGUUAAAGGUGCUGUACUAAUUUCUAUUAUUAAUAAAUAUUUCUCAAAAGAGGUUAUAAAUAUAUCAACGUCAGAUGUAUUCUCAAAGUUUGUUUGUAUGGAUUGCGAACAGAAGAUUUGUAUAUUCGAUGAAUUUUGUUUAAUGGUUGCUAAUGUACAAAAGCAAUUAGCUGCCCCUUCUUUAGAAAUUGACUUCGCUGAGGAUAUGUUAUGUCAUUUGAAAGAAAAUGAUAGUGUUGAGAAAUCUUCGAUGAACAAACAGGAUGCCAGGAAAUCUAUAUGUCCUAUAUGUACAAAAAGUUUUAGAUGUCAAGCGCAUUUAGAAAGGCAUAAACGCAUACACACAGGACAGAGGCCUUUUAUAUGUACAAUUUGUAGAAUGUCUUUCAAUCAGCAAGAAAUACUCGUGAAACAUAUGGAAAGACACGAAGGAAAGAAACAAUUUCAAUGCGCUAAUUGUCAUCAAUCGUUUCGCUAUAAAGUAUCUUUAAAUUCACAUAUGAUUAAUUUUCAUAUGGAUAUGGAUCAGUCACUUAUACAUGGUCAUGUAAUGGCUAUCGAUAGUAAUUCUUUUACAUGUUCAGAGUGUGGCAAACAAUUUGUAACUAAGUACAAAUUACAAAGACAUUCGAGGUGUCAUACCGGGGAAAGACCGUAUCAUUGUACAUUUUGUACUAAGACAUUUUCGCAAACAGGAAAUUUGAAAGUACAUCAAGUUAAAUGUCAUCAAAUACCUGAAUCGUUAACAGAGAUAAGAGGGCAACCUCAGAAUAAUACUCAAGUUAUAAAUCGUGAUAUGUCAGCGCCUUUAAAUAAUUUUCACGCAGUAUAUAUAUCGGAAAGCGAAAUACAAAAGACUAUUAACGAGACUAUAAAUUCAACGAAUCCUAGUACAUCUUAUCUUAAUAAAAUGUAUGAAAAUCCUCUUUAUAUAGACGACGAGAUAGAGACAAUGCUGGAUCACGAUCUCGGUCAAUUGGAACAGAAUAAAUAUACUAAUAGUUCGCAAGAUAAAGUAUCUCUUUGUUUAAAACAACCAGAGACUCCUGAAUUGUUGCAUAGUUUAUUAUACGACGAUUAAUGUGUAAUGAUAUUUAAUAUUAUCUUUAUAAAACUUUCUCUAUACAUUUUUUAAUGUAAUGCAAUAAUAUACAUUUUAUUAGAUAUUUAAGUACGUGCUUAUGCAAUAAUUUAGGACGCUACAAAUACAUCUAACGAUGUAUAAUUAUUAGAAAAAGAGAAUGUAUACAUAUAAUGUGUAAGUAUUUGUCUAAUAAGUUUAAUAUCUAAACAAUAGAUUAUAAAAGAGUUAGUAAUUUAGUUUCAAAGGGAAAUGUAUGAGAUAAGUAUGGUAUAGGAAGAUCAAAUCAUAAAUCAAGUCAAAUUAAGGUAAAUUUAGGCUGUAGUAGUUGUGUAGAAAUAAAAAGAUUAGUAGGAUAGGUUGACACGAA